AUGAUCAUCUCGACGGCGAAGAUCAUGCUGGCGCUCACAUCUAUGUGGAGCAUGCAGGAAAAGCACGAGGAUGUCCUGAACACGUACGUCCGUGCCGAGAGAGAAGCGCACCUCGACAUCUGGCUGCAGGUUCCGCGCGUCAUGACUGUUUCGACAGCACGCUACACGGACGUUAGCGCGCGCAUGCAGGUCAGGUUUUCCUGA